UAAUUUGUUGUUGCUGGUCCUAAUUUUUUAUUUGAUAAUAAUUCCUAAUUUUUUGUUUUUUUGUUGUUGAAAAUUUUUUAGUAUAAUUUGUUGUUGUUUGAGAACAGAUUUUGGGUUAGAUCACUGAUAGAGUGAUAGUUGUAUCUGAAUUUUUGUUGAUUUGUGUUGCUGCUCCUAAUAUGUUGUUGAUGGUCCUAAUUUUUUGUUUUGAGUAAAAUUUGUUGGUGUUACUGGUCCUAAUUUAUUGUUAUUGUGAUUUCCCAUCUUGUUAUUUUAUGUGCCAAUAAGGACAAAAUGUAGUCAAUUGUUUUCUUUGAGUCUCUGUUGCGCUUAUGUUGUUUUGUUCGAAUCCAGUUCUGUUAUAUUAAGAAAAAGCUUCUAGAAUUAUUGGGGUAUCAAUAUCAUCCAAGUGCUAUUAUGUUUUGAGCCUUCUUUGCUCUAUUAAUGAAAGCUACUUGGAUGAGUUUUUUGUCUGACUUAUACGAAGUCUAGCGAUGUUUUAAAACCGAACAAAAUCGAACAACUGAAAAAAAAAUCAAUAACUUAACAAAUUGAAAACCGAACAAACUAAAUAUUUAUCACUUUAAUUUUUUUUGCUCUUUGUAAGUUUCAAAUUCUGUUUUUUGUUCUGUUUUUCAAAUUUCUGCUUUUGUUCUGUGAUUCUGUUUGCAAAUUCAGUGGUCAGUGGUCACUACUAAUCUGUUGGUUAGUUUUGAUUAUUUGAUUAUAAAUUCUAAAUAAUUGGUGCUAAUUUUUCUUAAAGAUGUUUAUUUGCUUAAAGAUGUUCUGCUCUUUUGCUGGAGAAGAUCAAAAGGUGGCUGGCUGCCUUUUGUUGGAAAAAUUAAGAGAAACUAGUUUUUAUCUUUUGUUGUGUUGAUUGUUGAACCUUUCAUGACUUUAAUUGUUGUAUUGUAAUUUCUUUUGUCGUCGAACUUCUUGUAUCAAGACUUUUGUUAGUUAUUGUGUUGAAUGAUUUUAUGUUAUGACUGUGUGAAAUUAAACGUGUUAUUUUUGUUGCAUAUUUUUUUGUUGAAAAUAUCAUAGGACAAGUUAUUAGGAUACCGGAUAUAAGUAGGACAAGUUACUUUUUCGAAUUAAUUGGAAAACCGAGAAACUGAACCAAACCAAUUGAAGAAUUCAUAUAAAGUUGGAUUGGAUGACUUUUUCUCUUAAAAAACAGAACCAAACCACACCAUGAACACCAGUCUCUGAAUCAUUCUUUGGCUCAGCAGGUUCACCAUCCUCUGUAACAGCACUCUCUAAAUCAACUCUUUCCACUGUUUCUUCUGCGGGCUUGUGAGACUGCUCCUCCUGAUGCCCAUUUGCAUUUGCACUAGCUGUUAAAAAAAACACAAACAUGUUCUUUGCCACUUCAGUUUUGGGCAUGUUUUGUAAUGAGAAACUGCCACACCAUGGACACAGGGGAGAAUACCUACUCGAAUCUGUUGCGUGGAUAUGCGAAAGAUUGGAACUUGCACGGUGGAAGAGCAAUUCAUGCCAGAGUGUUUGACGAAAUGCCUCACAGGAAUGUGGUUUCCUGGUCUGCUGUUAUGGCAGGUUUAGUCCGAGACAGCUAUGCUUCGGAAGCUCUUUCUUUGUUCAGCCGUAUGCACCAUGAGGGACUCACAAAGCCAAAUGAGUUCACGUUUGUUAGCACCCUGCAGGCAUGCUCGUUAACCGAGAAUAUAACCUGUGCUUACCAGAUUCACUCGUUGAUCGUUCGGUCAGGACUUGAGUCUAAUGUCUUCUUGUUGAAUGCCUUUUUGGCAGCCUUGGUGAGGCAUGGCAAAUUGGCAGAAGCAUUGCAAGCUUUUGAUGCAAGGACAGACAAGGAUAUCGUGUCAUGGAAUACAUUGAUGGCAGGUUACUUGCAAUAUUCUUGGGAGGAGAUUCCUAGAUUUUGGUGUCGUAUGAACCAUAACAAUAUAAAGCCUGAUAACUUCACAUUUUCUUGCAUCCUUGCCGGAUUGGCUUCUCUAGCUCAUCUUGAAAUGGGAGUGCAAGUUCAUGGCCUACUUGUGAAAAGUGGUUAUGGUGAUGACAUUUGUGUUGGGAACUCUUUAGCUGAUAUGUAUAUAAAAUGUGAAAAGUUGGUGGAAGGUUUUAGACUUCUGGAUGAGAUGCCGAAGAAAGAUGUUUGCUCUUGGUCCCAGAUUGCGAUCGGAUGUUUACAGUGUGGCGAACCAAGAAAGGCACUUUCAGUUAUUACACAGAUGAUGAGAGUGGGUGUAAUGCCAAAUGAAUUCACCUUGGCAACUGCCCUCAAUGCUUGUGCAAGUUUGGCUUCACUGAAGGGAGGGAAACAAAUCCAUGGCUUGAGGAUUAAACUUGGAAUCGACAUUGAUGUCUGCGUGGAUAAUGCACUUCUUGAUAUGUAUGCAAAAAGCGGAUGCAUGGAUAGUUCAUGGGAUACUUUCCAGUCGAUGAAUUCUCGUUCUGUGAUCUCAUGGACAACAAUGAUAAUGGCAUGUGCACAGAAUGGCCAAGCUAGAGAAGCACUUCAAGUUUUUGAAGAAAUGAAGAAGACACAGAAUAUAGAGCCAAACUAUAUCACCUUCAUUUGUGUUCUCUAUGCUUGUUGUCAAGGUGGGUUUGUUGAUGAAGGGUGGAAGUACUUGUUCUCAAUGACCAAAGACCAUGGAAUCCUCCCUGGAGAAGACCAUUAUGCUUGUAUGGUGAAUAUCUUAGGAAGAGCUGGACUCACUAAAGAAGCUAAAGAGUUGAUCCAAAGAAUGCCAUUUGAACCAGGUGUGCUAGUUUGGCAAACACUCCUUAGUGCAUGUCAAAUUCAUGGGGAUUUAGAAACUGGAAAACUUGCAGCAGAGCAUGCCAUGUUGAAAGAAUACAAGUAUCCAUCAACCUAUUUAUUGUUGUCUAACAUGUUUGCAGAGUUAAGAAAUUGGGAUGGUGUAAUGACUUUGAGACAACUAAUGGAGCAAAAAGGUGUAAAGAAAGUACCUGGAUCUAGUUGGAUUGAACUUGACAAAAUUAAGGACAUUUGUUGAGAUCUUUUAAAUUUCUAAUUUCGUUUUCUUGUUUUCAAUUUUAUACCAAAAUUUUGGUUAUUUAAAUAGUUUUUGACCGAUCAUUUUGUGCUCUUACGAAUUUAUUA